AUGCUCCACGAGGUCCUCCUCUCCCUAUCAGGCCAACCGUCGCCACUUUUCAACCCCUCAGCCGAGGAGGGUGCCGUCGCUGAAGAUGCUUUUCCUCUCCUGUCUCCUCCGGAGAAAGCCCUCCUCAGGCCCCUUGCCCGUCUGAGCCGCCUUCAUCCUCGACUGCGGGCUCACACGGCUCUAAUCUCUUCCUCCCAUUCCUCUGUCAUUUGUCGUGCUGUAUCUACGGCAAUUAGCGCCCAGCACCUUGGCGGGUUUCAAAAGAAAAUACUGGAAGUUGAAAAGGCAAUCCUAGUUGACGAUAGCGGGUAUGUGGGUGGGUACGGAAUCGUGCCUUUAUCCACCAUCGUUGGGGAGUUCUCUCCGUGGGUACGGAGGUUAGAGUGGCUCUGGGAGGUAGCUCGGUUUAUUUGGCCCGAUCAAAAAGCAGCCAAAAAACAUCGAUGUACAGGCGCAUCGUUGAUCGACUACCUUCGGGCAGAAUCGCAGACUGGCUAUGUUGACAUCGAGGAAAUGGCAUUGAAUCUGGUUCGCGCAGCAGAAACCGCCUGGAUGAGACAACUGUCAACAUGGCUAUUAUAUGGGAAUCUUCCUGUGCUUGGGAAGGAUGAUUUCUUCGUCCAAGAAGAUAAUACAAGCGACGACAAGCACUCUUCAAAUAUGGUAAACUUUGUUUUACAUGCAGGCUUACUGCCAAAAUUUGUUUCCCCACAUACGGCGUCGUCUAUCCUAUUCAUCGGGAAGACAUUGAACCUAAUCAGAGCCAAGCGGGGUGCUUCCACCGCGGGUUCCCCAACUAGGCUUGCGACGACACCAGUUACUCUUCACGGGGACCAUAUCGAGCAUCUUGCUGCGUUAGAAUCGCCGAUAUCAACUUCAAAACUAUCCGCAGCAGUCGAUUCCAUUCGCCUAUCACUGUCGCAGAGCACUUUUUCUAAGCUCCUACCCCUCCAGAAGAUCCUUGAAAUUCUCUCUGUACUCCACGAUUUUCUUCUAUUAAGACGGGGCGAAUUCGCGACCGCUCUUGUCUCACAAGCUGAUGUCCGGCUGCAUGAUAGGCGUCGCAAACCCGAGUUCCUUGGCCCCCAGGAUCGACCCACUGGAGUUCUUCAAGGCCUUGCUAUCAAGGAAGGUGAUGUAAUGGCUGCUUUAUCACAGACCUGGGCCGAGUUACAUUCACUCCAGAACGAAGAAGACCCCCAGGAUGACGAAUUGGAGCUUGCUAGGGAUCUUCUACGGUUGUCCGUCAGCAACACAAGGGACAAUGGAGCCAUAGGGUCAUCUUCAGGUACCACAGAGCCUGAGCAAGUAACAGGUAUCUCGAGUAUUUCCUUCGACGGCCUACUUUUCCCAGUCCCGACAUCUCUUUCAGUACAGGUAUGCCCGCCCCUUGACCUGUUCCUCUCCGUAUCCGACAUCUCCACAUACUCUAAGAUGCACUCUUAUCUUCUGGGGAUCCGGCGUGCUCAAAUACACCUUGGCGACCUGUGGAAGCACACUUUCCUACGAAAGAACUAUCCUUCCCCAUGGGGUCCUCCGCGGAGCAGCACUCCUUUCGGCCAAAAUAAGCUCAAAAUGGGUCGGGAGAGAGACAACGCGCGAAUUCGUCAGAUGAGGCCUAUCUGGGCAACAAGCAGCGCUUCGCUCUUUGUGUUGUCUGAGAUCGGGAGUUUCUUCCAGGGAGAAGUCAUAAAUGGUUCCUGGCAACACUUCUUGGAGUGGAUCAAACAGGGACCGACCUCGCCCUCUUUAUUCCUUGGCCCCCGGCCCGGGACUGCGUCAUCAUCCAAAAAUGCCGAUGCAGGGGUCCCAGGAAAGAUCGCCGAAACUGGCUUCGAGGGUGCCAGUCAACCUGCGAUCCAACGACAUGACCCUGAAACACUGACACUUGCACAUCGGCGAUACAUUUUCUCAUUGGUACAGUCUCUCUUCUUGACGGACAUCCCAUUUACGAAAGCCCUGAGGUUGUUGCUUACAGGUGUCGACCACUUCAUUGAACUUGUAGUACGCCUGGAAGGCAUUCAACGGAACAUGGAUCUGGAGACGGAUGAAGGCGUGGUGGACGCUCUGGUGGACUACGCUAGGGAAGAGAGGGAAAUAUGGCAAGCGUUGGGCACUGCACGCAGUCGAGUUGAUGCAGAAAUUAAGAAUGUCGUGGCACGACUCCGAGAUAUCGACGACAGCCGAUCAGGGGAAGGACAGAAGAUGUUUGAUGUAGCCAAGUCACAAAAUGGACACUGGCCAGCCCCUCGGCAGAAUUACACCGGUGCCGAGUCCACGGUUUGCCAUUACGUGCCGCGGAAAGCCGCCGGUGUCGACCAACUACUUAUGAAGCUGGACUUUGGGAACGCAAAUGGGAGCAUCUGA